AUGGGCAUCCAUGCUGUUAGCGUCAUGCUAGAGGCUCUCAAUAGAGAUGCCCAACAUGCUACUAUCGCCAAGUUCAUUCAAAAUGAACUUGACGCAGAACGCGAGAAAGUAGCCUUGCUUCACCAACAAGGUUCUCAACAAGCAGAGUUGUUGAGAGAACAAGGUGCUCAACAGUUUGAACUGUUGAGACAGCAGCAGGCUGCUGCUGGCGGGUCGAUGCACUCGCGUCGGCCCGAGACUUUGAAGAUUGACAUCUCAAAGUAUAGGGGGGUCGAAGAAGACUCCCUCUUGAGAUGGUUCGUCGAAUUGGAUGACGCCAUAAGGGCGCGUCGCAUCGACGACGGGGAUAUGCAAGUUGCAUUUGCCCAGUCAAAUCUGGCAGGACGUGCCAAGACUUGGGCACUGGGGCUCAAGCUGCACGACCCAUAUGCGUUUGGGUCGUUAUAA